AUGUGUGAAUUAAAUACUGAUACAAUAAGUACAAGCUUUGCUGGUAUAAAGGGGUUGCAAAUUUAAAAUACAGAACAUUUAACUCUUUUUAUAUGUUUAUAAAAGGUUAUAUAUGUUUUAUUUGAGAAUAUUGUGAAUAUGCAUCAAUAAAAACUAAAUAUAAAGCAGAGAAUAUAAAGCAAUCAAACUGAUUGGUUCUUGCCGUGAAUCAUUUACAUAAUGGGUGUGGUCAGAACAUCUAAGCUGUGAAUGACUUUGCCAGUUUAGAUUCUGCAGGGGAGGCAAUCGGAGAUCUUCCCCGAUCCAACAGAAAAAUGAAUUCAGAGCUUCAGAUCUAACUCCUUAUCCAGCUUCUAGGGCAAAUCUGUAGAAACAUGUCCAACCAAGAUCGUUCCAGCAUACAAGCAAAGUUAUGGGGACUGUGCAUUCUAUUGAAUGUCAUCAGGCCUUUAUCCUGCUUUUCAAAUUUCAGCCAAGCAAGAGAAGUCAUCUACAAAAUAAAAGAAGGAUUACCAAAGGGAACCCUGAUUGGGUCUAUCGGUGUGGACUUAAAGUUAGAUCUCUCAGCAGACCCCCCUUUCAUAUUCAGUCUGGCUUUAAAGAAGAUCAGUGAACAGUAUGUGAGUCUAAUUAACACAACUGGGGAGCUGUACACGUCUGCUAAUGAAAUUGACAGAGAGAUACUCUGUGUGGAAAACGUCGAAGGCCAGGGGUGUUUCCUGUUUUUGGAUGUGUUCAUUCUGCCCCAGCAAUAUUUCCAACUGGUUAAAGUAAAAAUCAUUGUGGAGGAUGUCAACGAUAACAGGCCUUCCUUCCCAUCAGACGAGAUCCGGCUGUUCAUCCCUGAGAAUGCACAAGUGAAUUCUAGGUUUGCCGUGGAGCAAUCUGCCGUUGACCCCGAUGUGGGAAUCCAUGGAGUUCAGACGUACUGGCUGAUGAACGACUAUGGGGUCUUCACUUUGGACGUGGAGGAAAAUGAGAGCAGAGAGCUGACACCCUUCUUGAUAGUGAUGGGUGCUCUGGACAGAGAAACUAAGAGUGAAUACGUCACAAAGAUAAUUGCAGAAGACGGUGGGAAUCCACCGCUUCUGGGAACGGCCAUCCUGAAAAUCUUCAUAACAGAUGUGAAUGACCACUGUCCGCAAUUCACGGAAUCUAACAUCAAUGUCACCAUACAUGGGAAUGCCACCAAAGGAGUGCAUUUAACCAGUCUUCAUGCCUAUGAUCCCGAUCAAGGAGCCAAUGCCCAGAUAAUCUACGUCUACAGCGAGCGAGUGCCCAGAGAGGUGAGGAAUCUGUUUCACUUGGAUAAAUCCAGUGGAGUCAUUAAGCUGCAAGGUAAAAUAGAUGCAAAGAUAGCUAAGUUCUAUAAGCUGACGGUCCUCGCCAACGGACCAGGCUGCAUACCAGCUGUUGCAACAGUGUUCCUAUACAUUAACAGAGUCUCGGGGCCGCCAUCUAUCAUUCCUCGAUAUAUUGCCCCAGAGAAAAAUGGCAUUGUAUCUCUGAAGGAGUCUGAGCCUCCAUUUACUCCAAUUGCAUUUUUCACUUUAAAAAAUAUAGAUGAAAGUGAAAGGAUAGACUGCCACCUGGAAGCUAAUGGCCCGUUCCGAGUGUCACCUUACAAGCCCUUCAGAAAUGAGUACUUAUUGGAAACAACAGCCUCACUGGACUAUGAGCACAAACAAGAAUAUGAACUUUCUGUAGUGGCAGUAAACUCAGAUGGGCUAAUCAUUAAAACAAUUUUUAUAGUGCAAGUGAUCGACGAAAAUGACAAUGCGCCAGUUUUUAGGCAAUCUCUAAUGGAGUUGUUUAUUGAGGAAAAUAAUGCUCCAAAUACCUUCCUGACAAAACUGUAUGCUACAGAUGAAGACAGCGAAGACAGGGGAGAAGUGUCUUAUUUACUAGGGCCUGAUGCACCUUCCAUUUUUUCGCUUGAUAACUGGACUGGAGUGCUUGUCGUGUCCACAUCGCUGGACCGAGAAGAGAAGGAAGUGUACAGGUUCACAGUGGGGGCAGUGGAUCACGGAUCUCCACACAAAGAAACAAUCGGCACUGUGGUGGUGACAGUGCUGGACCGAAACGAUAACAGUCCACAUUUCAUCAAUAAGGACUUCACCUUUUUUGUCCCAGAGAAUUUUCCAGGCUACGGGGAAAUAGGAGUGCUUUCCGUCACUGAUGCUGAUUAUGGAAGGAAUGGCCGGGUGUCUUUGUCAAUCAUUAACGGCAGUGACAUUUUUGUCAUAGACACUGCAAAAGGCACCUUAAGGGCCAAAACAUCCCUGGACAGAGAACAGCAAGGGACCUACUUCUUGCUGAUUGAAGCAGUCGAUGGAGGGGAGCCUUCGCGCUCCUGUGUCGUCACGGUAACUGUUUUGCUCCUUGAUGUCAAUGACAACCCACCUUUGGUGCUGUUUCCGCAGUCCAACCAGUCAUACAUGCUGGUAUUGCCGAGUACUCCACCUGGCACUUCCAUUACAGAGGUGUACGCUGUGGACAAAGACACUGGAAUGAAUGCAGUGAUAGAAUACAGUAUCAUUCAAAGGAGGGGUGGCGAGCCGGGCUCGUUUGACAUCGACCCCAACACAGGGAACAUCACCCUGAGGAAAACACUGAUUGGCCGAGGCCUCUGCAGUCUCCUCGUCAAAGUCAGUGACCACGGGCAGCCAGAGCCCCUUCACUCCACUGUGAUGGUACAUUUUUUUAUCAAUGAAACAGUGAGCAACGAGAGUUAUGUACGGAAUCUACUGUCAAAAGAAAAAGAGCCUGAAAUGGAGGAACGUUUCUUCGGUAGGUUAAUUAAAUAUUCUGAGAAGAGGGACUCCUUGCUUCCCUGCCAGCCCGCUGUGGCAGUGCUGACGUCGGCCUGCCUGGGACUGCUGCUGACUGUGUUUUUACUCACCACAUACAUAUUCUGCACAAGGCAUAAAAAUAAGGGCAAAAGAGUGGAGGCGGCCAUCCCGUUAAAGAUAAACCUCCCGACAACGGAGAAGAAGGUCAUGGAGAGGUCAGACACCCGGCUACAGUGACACUUAUAUCCACAUAUAUUUUUAACAAAAAAAUUCAAUAUGUGAAUGAUGAUUAUUUAAAUCCACAAAAAUAUUAUUUAAAAGAACAACAUUAUUUGAAUAAAUUGCUGUAUUUUUCUGGUUACCAGUUCAGAUUAAAUGUAAAUUAAACUGUUACUUUUGUAUUAGUACAGUCUGGGCAUUCUUGACGUUUUGGAUUCCCUGGAUUAUUUUUUCAUCUAAUUGAACUUGAACGUUCAUCAGUGUCACUGGCUGACUGCAUAAUUAAUACAUAUAACCAGAAUGACGUCCUUUAAAAGAAUAUUUCUCUGUACUGUGCAUCGCUGUAUUGGGCUUUGAAAGCAUUUAGUUUUGUAAUACAUCCAACCUGUGUAGCCGCAAGAAUUUUUAAGGAGUAUCUUUGCCUUUAUAUAGUUCCUCAUAUUUUAGUCACUGUUUAUUUCCCAUUGGCAUCCCUGAAGAGUGACCCCAUUCAUUCCGUUUGGCUAUUCUCCUUAAAUAUUACAAAUACAUUGAAAAACUAAUGUAAAUAUACAAUUUGGAUUUCUUUGAGAUCUAAAAUAUUUCUUGGAUGUUAAAAAUUAACUAACAUAUUUAGAUAUAUCUUUAGGGAAAUAGACAGAAAGUUGCAAAUGCAAAUAUUAUUCUGGUUGGUGAGAAUUGACAGAUCAAUAUUUUCAAAGCGCUUUUUCUUUUGAAGAUUUCAGUUCGCAUUUCUGUAUGAUCCAUAUUAAUCUUAAGUAAAAACAGCAUCAGCAUGAUACACAUAUUUAAAAAUAUAUUUAAAUGCAUAUAAGGCACAUCAAUAAAUACAUCUUCUUUUCAAUAUAAUAAAAAGUACCAAUGUAUGAUAAUGUCUUCAGAACUUUCAAUCAUCAGCAUAUUACAGUAUCUGUCAGUCAUUUUGAAAGUUUUCAGAUGUUUUAAGUUGUUAAUCAGUUUAUCGGAUCAUAAUGAUGGAAUGCACAGUAUUUAAAGUAAAUGACAGAUUAUGCGCAAAGAGUUCUUAAUUGUCAUAAACUCAGACAGUGCACAGACACAAAGGACCCAAAACUGACCUGUCCCCCUGAUGUUGCCAGUUUUUCUGUGCAACAGUCCCUGAGUCAUUGGACAGGUCCAGGGGCGUCUUACUGCACAGGUGUGAUGCAGGGGC